AUGAAGCAGAGAUUCUCGUCUUUGGAUGUUAAAGUCAUCUCGCAGGAGCUGGCGUCGGAGUGCGUCAACCUCCGCGUGUCCAAUAUUUACGACCUCUCCUCGCGCAUCUUUCUUUUCAAACUUGCCAAGCCGGACCAUCGUCGCCAACUUAUAGUGGACUCCGGAUUCCGCACUCAUGUCACUCAAUAUUCCCGAACUGCGGCCACCACGCCUUCACCCUUUGUGACUCGUCUGCGCAAAUACCUAAAGUCCCGUCGAAUCACAGCUAUAUCCCAAAUUGGAACGGAUCGUAUCAUCGAUAUCACUUUCAGCGAUGGGGCAUACCACAUUUUCCUCGAGUUCUUCGCCGGUGGUAACAUCAUUUUGACGGACCGCGAGCACAACAUUCUUGCUUUGUUCCGACAGGUUGCUCCCGGCGAGGGACAAGAGGAGAUCAAGCUUGGUCUUCCUUACACCAUAUCCAACAAGCAAAACUACGAUGGAGUGCCGGAUAUUACGGCAGACCGGGUCAAGCAGACAUUGGAGAAAGCUCAGGCCCUCUUUGCGCAGGAGGGAAGUGCACCCAAGAAAUCAAAGAAGAAAGGCACGGAUGUUUUGCGUAAAGCCUUGUCACAAGGGUUCCCAGAAUACCCUCCCUUGCUACUGGAUCAUGUCUUCGCGGUCAAGCAGUUCGAUACUACCACCCCGCUAGACAAAGUCCUGGAAAGUCAAGAUCUGUUGAAACAGGUGCAAGAUGUGCUGGAAGAAGCGCAGCGUAUCUCUAUCAGUUUUGAUACAGGUGACAGCCAUCCAGGCUACAUUGUCGCUAAGGAGGAUACCCGAUCCGUCUCCGAGGAAGAGGGCUCCACUAAAGCCCCCAGUCUUCUCUAUGAAGACUUCCACCCCUUUAAGCCCAAGCAAUUUGAAGACAAACCAGGAGUCAAAAUUCUUGAGUUUGAGCGCUUCAAUGCUACAGUCGAUGAAUACUUCUCUUCGUUAGAAUCGCAGCGACUUGAAUCGCGUUUGACGGAGCGCGAACAGGCAGCCAAGAAAAAGCUUGAAUCAGUGAGACAAGAGCAUAAGAAGCGAAUUGAUGCAUUGAAGGAUGCACAAGAGCUCCACAUUCGCAAAGCUGAUGCCAUACAAGACAAUGUCUAUCGCGUUCAAGAGGCGAUGGAUGCUGUCAAUGGCCUUGUGGCCCAAGGAAUGGAUUGGGGUGAGAUUGCGCGUUUGAUUGAGAUGGAACAAGGUCGCGGCAAUCCAGUUGCACAAAUCAUCAAGUUGCCCUUGAAGCUUUACGAGAACACAGUCACACUUCUCCUUGGAGAAGCUGGUGAUGAGGACGAGGAUGAGGAUGAAGAAUAUUCCAGCAGUGAAGAUGAGGAAUCUGACUCGGACAACGAGGAAGAAGAGAAGACCAAACGCGCGGAUCGCGAAUCCAAGCAACUGACGAUCGAUAUUGAUCUCGGUCAGAGCCCUUGGGCCAAUGCUUCGCAAUACUAUGACCAAAAGAAACAAGCAUCGGAAAAAGAACAGAGAACUACCCAGUCGUCCGCAAUGGCGCUGAAAAGUCAUGAGAAGAAAGUGACGACUGAUCUCAAGAAGGGCCUGAAGAAAGAGAAGCAAGUUUUGCGGCAAUCACGGACGCCAUUCUGGUUUGAAAAGUUCAUCUUCUUCAUCUCUUCCGAGGGGUACUUGGUUCUUGGCGCACGGGAUUCCAUGCAAAGUGAACUAUUAUACCGACGCUAUUUGACCAAGGGCGACAUUUUUGUUCAUGCUGAUUUGGAGGGUGCGACACCAAUGGUUGUGAAGAAUCGUCCUGGAUACGCAGAUGCGCCAAUUCCUCCAAGUACACUUUCCCAGGCUGGUAAUCUCUCCGUCGCAACAUCUUCCGCGUGGGACUCCAAGGCCGUAAUGUCUGCUUGGUGGGUGCAUGCUCAACUGGUGUCAAAAAUUGCAGAGAACGGCAGUGGCAUUAUGCCGACCGGUGUCUUCCAGAUCAAGGGCGAGAAGAACUUUUUGGCGCCAUCGCAAUUGGUGCUUGGGUUUGGUAUCAUGUUCCAAGUCAGCCAGGAGAGCGUACGAAACCAUAAGCAGCUAUUUGACACCGCCGAUGUUCCUCGGCCUGCUGCCACCCAAGAGACCCAGGCCGAAACUCCUGAACUGACUGAUGUACCCUCGGCCGAAGCUGCUACGGAUAACACGGAGCCUAUUCAGGAGUCGAAUGGCGAUGCCGCUGGAGAUGACAAGCAAGACUUAGCCUCCGAAGAUGAGCAAGAUGAAGACGACGAGGCAGCCGCGAAAAACCCUCUUCAGCGGGGUGAUUCUGAGUUGCCAGCCACGCAGCAACAACCAGAGGCGUCUGAGUCCGAGUCCGAUUCGGAGCAUGCGGAAGAACCCGAGGAUGAGCAAGAGCACGAGCAAAACAUUCCCGAACAAGUGGAAGGCGAAGAACAGUCUUCGCUCACGCCGGGCCAGCCCACUGAGCCAGAAAGCCCUAAAUUGUCUGCUCGUGAGCGUCGCACCUUGCGACAGGGUAAGCCUCUGGACCGACCCGAAGAACCCGCUGCACCGCGCAUUGCCCCAACCCGGGCUAAGCGAGCAAAGGACAAGCGUGCCGCUGCUAAGUAUGCUCACCAAGACGACGAGGAACGCGAGCUUGCCCUUCGUCUUGUCGGUGCAAACAAAGGAAAGGCCGCAAAGGCGGCCAAGGCGGCCGAAGCCAAGGAACAGCGCGAACGGGAUGCCGAGGCGCAGAGACAACGUCGCCGGGCUCAACAUGAGCGCGCAGCCGAAGCCGAGCGCAAACGCCAAGCCCAAUUCACAGAAAAUGGGACGGACGAUUACAAUGAAGAGACCGCUGCCGCGGAAGCAGCAGAUCUUACCUGGAUUCCAGCUUUGAUUGGUACACCGACGGUAGACGAUGAAGUGAUCGCUGCGAUUCCCGUCUGUGCCCCAUGGGCUGCGCUGGGACGCUACAAAUACAAGGUCAAGCUGCAGCCUGGUGCUGUAAAGAAGGGCAAGGCUGUCAAGGAAAUCGUUGGUCGUUGGGUGUCCGAGACUACCACUGGAAAGGUCAAGAAGGAGCAUGCCGAAGAGGCUGGAGUUCCUCGUGCCGAUGCGGAACGCCUCCGAGAGCGAGAGGGUGAUCUAAUUAAGGGUUGGAAGGAUACAGAGAUUAUCAACACCAUGGUCGUGGGCAAAGUGCGCAUCAUGACCGCAGGAGUUGGGGGCGGCGGCGGUGAUAAGGGCAAAGCCAAAGGUGGAAAAGGCGGCGGCGGUGGUGGAAAGGGGGGGCUCCAAGGGCAAGAAGAAAUGAGUGUUUUCGCGCCUGAAUGGUGCGUCAUUGAGAUUCUCGCGAACAUCAAGUUGUAUUUUACUCGCAUUACCACCGGCCACUGGCAGCGCAGUUGUGCCAGACUCUUCACCACCAUGGCUACACCUACACGAGUUGUUUCCGUUCAGCGGCUCAGUCAAGGACCCGGGAACCUGUCUUUGGCCGAAUGGUGGAACCAGGAGCGUAACCAGCAAACACCGGAAUCCAAGGCUAUCGAAGAAGCCGCUGAGCUCCUUCGUUCCAGCGACCUUCCGGUUGCCUUUCCCACUGAGACGGUCUAUGGACUGGGAGCCGAUGCCACACGCAGUGCUUCCGUCCAGGGCAUCUACCGAGCGAAACAGCGGCCCUCGGACAAUCCUCUGAUUAUUCACGUCGACUCACUGGAGAUGCUUGAUCGCCUGCUCAAUCCAAGCUCCCCGAGCAGUCCUCAUUCGACCAAGACGCCGCCAAUCACGGUUCCCUCGAUCUACAAGUCUCUAAUCGACCGAUUCUGGCCCGGCGCACUCACAAUUAUCCUACCAAACCCAUCCGGAUCCGAACUGGCGCCCGAGGUCACUUCAAAGCUGACCACCUUUGGCGUGCGCAUGCCCUCUUCUCCUCUCGCUCGCCUUCUAAUUCACGCAACGGACCGUCCCCUCGCUGCCCCCUCCGCCAACGCAUCUACAAAGCCCUCUCCGACCACCGCGCAGCAUGUAUAUCACGAUCUCCAAGGCCGCAUCGAUCUGAUUCUGGAUGGCGGUGCGUCUGGCGUCGGUGUCGAGAGCACCGUCGUUGACGGCCUUUGCGACCCGCCAGCCAUCCUGCGCCCCGGAGGCAUUGGAAUUGACGAGAUUCGCAAGUGCGAAGGAUGGGAAAACGUUGUGGUCGCCUACAAGGACGGCACUCUAGACGUGAAAGAAAUCCCCCGUGCCCCAGGCAUGAAAUAUCGUCAUUACUCACCGAAAGCCCGAGUUGUACUAUUCGAGCCCACAUCCAGCCCAGCUGGUGUCGUGAAGCAUGUCCAGAAGGAUCUACGGGACUCCGCAAUUGGCGCCCACAACAUUGGUAUCAUCCGCACCCGCAACUGGAACCUGGGUCUGGAGCUCGCACCAGAAGCCGAAAUCGCUAGUACUGUGAAGCCAGUAUCUGCUCCCAUCGAGGAUCUAGUCAGCUUCCCGAUCCCUGUUCAGGAGACUGGCAACCCCAGCAGUCGCACCAAAAUGGCGUACGAUACUUACAUCGGGCCGGAUACCGCUUCUAUUGCGCAUGGCCUCUUCGCUGCGCUUCGUGCAUUGGAUGAUCUGGAUGUUGAUGUGAUUUACGUGGAGGGCGUUCCAGAUAGCGAGGGCGACCUUGCGGCGGCUGUUAUGAACCGACUGCGGAAGGCGGCUGGUGCUGAAUUGCGACCUUAG